CUAGUCCGCCUUGUCGUUCGGUGGGGACAGCAGAUUGAUCGGCGCAGGAGGCGCCGGCAAAGGCGAUUUCAUGCCGCCAUUGUCAUCGUCAACAACCUCGAUGUCCAUAGCACCUGAGGUGAUAAAACACACACACAGAGGACGGGAGUGCUUUGUGUCUGUCAUGAAAGAGUGCGUGCACAUAUUGCUGACGCAUCCUUGAUGGUGGAUAGGGCAUUGAUCUUGUCGCUGUCCAUCUUGGUAUCUUUGGCCUGGCCGAAGAGAGCACUCAUUUUGCCUGAUCAGACAGAGCAAACACACAGAGUGGUGAAAGUCACACGAUCAAUCGAUGCUCGCGGGAUGCAAGUAAUCGUUGCUGACGAGGAUGAUCUCACCUUUGGAGAGCUUGUCCUUGCCCUUGUCGUUCUUGCGCUCCUUGCAUUUGAUAGGCGGGAUGCGAGGGCGACGCUGAUUCUCGGGUGACGACGGAUUUCCUGCCUCACUCAGAGACUGCAUGUAAUGGGGGAUGGGAAUUGGCGUUCUUUUGGCUGUGUGGCGCACGCUGUUUGCUUACGUAAUGGGUGGAUGUGAGCCCUUGAUUCGUUCUCCUGCCAAUGAGAGCCCAUGCUUGUAAAGACAGAGCCAGCCAUCUGACUUGGGGCUCGGGGAGACGUCGAUUUUUACAGUGCAGAAACGUACUGACUGAUGUGGGUUGAUGGAAGGCAGUGAGAUCCACAUGUUGAUGGAUUUUGUUUCGGUCGAUUGCACCUGCACGAAGAGAAAGAGGCUCAGAGAGAGAACAUCCACAGAGGAAAGAAUGAGGGAGAAUGACGGAGUGGGGUGGCGAAGUGAUGUGAUUCGUGGAUGUAUGUGAUGUCCGUAGUAGCCCUGAGCCUCCUGAGUGCGUUUCUUCUCUUCUUGCAGUGUAUUUCAUGUGCAAGCUUUUACGAGCCGGUGUGAGCUAAGCUUGCAAAACCAGCACCGAACGGACAACUAACGACGUGCGUGCGCAGACUCGAAACAGCCUCCGUUUGAAAGGAUACGUGUCGGCAGUGAAGAUCUUUGAUCAACGUGAGUGUUCGUAAGUCCCUCCUCCCCUCUCUGACGAAGUCGCAGAUCUGCAGCCUUGCCCCUUCUCGCCAGCAGCCUCGACGUUCCAGGUAUGAAGACACCGGUGCG